CUAUAAGGAAAUAAGUUAUUAGAAUAGAAGUUCACAUAUUUGGCAACUGUUGCGUGUAUGUGUAUUCACUCCACUCCCCUCUUUAAACAAUUUGUUUCCGUGAUCAAGAGGAUAGAGGCGGGACCUCCAGCUUGCCUCUCUUCCAGGCAAACAAUAGGUGCACAAGGACCUGUUCUGUCCCCACCCAUUGGGUUUGUGUGAAGUAUGCAGAUGGCUUCUCUCUUACUCCCUUUUGCUUCAGUGGCUGUCAGAGACGCAGAAUAGAGGGAGAACAGACAGAAAGGGGUUGCGUUUGACUUAUAAAACAGCAUAAAAAGAAAUCACUGCACACACCAUGCCGGGGCAUGAAAGAAACCCACACGAGUUGUACUAUCUGAAGGCCCAACGUGAACUGGAGAAGAUGGAGCGACAGGAAAAGGGGCUGAAGCGUCGCCUACGCCUGUGCGUGGCCACCUGUAACAGAGCUGAUUACUCAAAACUCGCCCCCAUCAUGUUCGGCAUCAAAUCUCAAUCAGAUGUCUUUGACCUGGAGGUGGUGGUGCUGGGUUCACAUCUGAUUGAUGAUUAUGGAAACACCUUCCAUAUGAUUGAACAGGAUGAGUUCGAUAUUGGCUCCAAGUUGCACACUAUAGUUCGUGGUGAGGAUGAAGCCGCCAUGGUGGAGUCAGUCGGUCUUGCUCUCGUAAAGCUUCCAGAUGUCCUCCAGCGUCUGGCCCCUGACAUUCUGCUCAUUCAUGGUGACCGUUUUGAUGCACUGGCUUUGGCGACGGCAGCGGCACUAAUGAACAUUCGCAUUUUGCACCUGGAAGGUGGAGAAGUGAGUGGAACCAUUGAUGACUCCAUUCGUCACGCCAUCUCUAAACUUGCACACUACCAUGCGGUUUGCACGCGCUCGGCCGAGAGAAACCUCAUUUCCAUGUGCGAAGACCAUUCUCGAAUCUUAUUAGCUGGCUGCCCAUCAUACGACAAGCUGCUAACCGCCCACCAGCGAGAUGAUUACGCAGAUGUCCUCCAGUCCUGGCUUGGAGAUCACGUAAAGGAGCAGGAUUAUAUCGUAGCCCUGCAGCAUCCUGUAACCACAGACAUCCAGAAUUCCAUUAAGAUCUAUGAGUUAAUGCUGGACGCUCUCAUCUCCUUCAACAAGAGAACUCUCAUACUCUACCCCAAUAUAGAUGCAGGCAGUAAAGAAAUGGUUCGUGUGAUGAGGAGAAAGGGAAUCGAACAGCACACGAACUUCCGUGCAGUGAAGCAUGUUCCAUUCGAUCAGUUCAUCCAGUUGGUGGCUCAUGCUGGCUGUAUGAUCGGGAACAGCAGUUGUGGAGUUCGGGAGGCCGGAGCAUUCGGUACACCUGUCAUUAACCUGGGUUCUCGCCAGACAGGCCGAGAGACCGGGGAAAAUGUUCUACAUGUGCGAGAUGCAGACACACAUAAUAAAAUCUACCAUGCCCUGAAACUGCAGUUUGGAAAACGCUACCCCUGCUCGAAGAUCUACGGAGAUGGAAAUGCGGUCCAACGCAUCUUAAAGUUCCUGCAAUCGAUUGACCUAUCUGAGCCACUUCAGAAGAAGUUCUGUUUCCCGCCAGUGAAGGAGUGCAUAUCUCAAGAUAUUGACCACAUUCUGGAGACCCAGAGUGCUCUUGCUGUAGACUUGGGGGGGACCAACCUGCGUGUGGCCAUCAUCAGUAUGAAGGGUAAAAUGGUUAAGAAGUAUAUUCAACUGAAUCCUAAGACCUUUGAAGAGAGGAUAGAGCUGAUACUGACUAUGUGCAAACAGGCCAUAGCUGAUGCUGUUCACCUCAACUGUAGAAUACUGGGUGUCGGUGUGAGCACAGGGGGCCGUGUAAAUCCUCAAGAAGGGGUUGUUCUCCACUCCACAAAGCUUAUAAACGAGUGGAGUUCAGUGGAUAUACGCACGCCCCUCUCCAGCGCCCUCCAUCUACCUGUCUGGGUUGACAAUGACGGAAACUGCGCCGCACUCGCUGAGAGAAAAUUUGGCCAUGGAAUAGGCGUGGAGAACUUUGUCACUAUUAUCACUGGAACCGGAAUUGGAGGUGGCAUAAUCCAGCAUAAUGAACUGAUCCAUGGCAGCACAUUUUGUGCAGCAGAACUGGGACACAUCGUGGUCUCUCUGGAAGGACCAGAAUGCAUGUGUGGCAGCCACGGCUGCAUAGAGGCCUAUUCAUCAGGACUUGCCCUGCAGAGAGAGGCCAAGAGACUGCAUGAUGAUGACUUGCUGGUGGUGGAGGGAAUGACUCUGAAUAACAAAGAACAGGUGAAUGCUAUACAUCUUAUAAACGCUGCUAGCCACGGCAACUCCAAAGCCGAGAGCAUACUUAACACAGCUGGCACUGCUCUAGGUUUGGGCAUCAUGAACAUCCUGCACAUGGUUAACCCAUCUCUGGUUGUCCUGUCUGGUGUUUUGGCGGGUCAUUAUGAGAAUCCAGUCCGUCGGGUCAUCAGGCAGCAUGCUCUCCUCUCUGCACAGGAGACCAAAGUCAUGGUGUCUGAGCUUGAAGAUCCUGCCCUGCUGGGUGCCGCCAGUAUGGUUCUGGACUACACCACCCGCCGCACCUACUGAGAGAGCUCGAAAACCAAGAACCAAUAACUUACAGACUUUGGGACAGAGGGCCAAUUUGAUGCCAAUUAGUGGCUUCAUUUAAGUGUGCUUUUAUAUGAGCGCACACAUUGUUUUUUUUCUGCUGUCACAAGCAGUAUCUAAUCGAAGAUGUUUAACUAAGAUUAAUCAAAAUAUAUGAAGGAAGAUUUGAUUUAAUGUUUGUAUGUACAAGGGAAAUAAGGGUUUUUGAUUUGAUAAAUGGUGGAUGCUAUAAAGACUGAAAGAGAUUUCUCGCCCUCUUACUUUCUCUCUUAGCGCCUUAAUCUGAUCUGUUGCCAAGUCUUAUUUUUGAAUACCAUAUUUUUAAAUUGUUUACAUAAUCCAGUCCAUAUAAAUGAGCAAAUUAAUGGGGGAAAAAAUAUGUUUCCAAUGUUUUAUAUAAUUUCAUAUUUAAUUGUAUAAAUAAUGCAUCAUUAAAACCAAUGUGUGUAAAUGUAUUAUUAUUGCAAGUGAAUUGCUUUAAUUUAUAUCUGGACUGCUACAUGCUUCUAGAGUCCCUCACUACAUAUCUAAACUUUAUUUUUGAUAACCAAUUAAGGACUUUAGGAUAACUGCAUUCACAGUACUUGACAUUAUAGUGUAUAUAAACAUGCAUAUGAGUUUAUGUAUAUCAUAAAUACUUUCCUUUAUUUUGUUUAAAGUUUACUUGUUCCUUAGAAAACAGUGGUUUCAGAUUUAUUAAUAAUAAGCCGUUUUUUGUUCUAUGCUAUGCAUUAUUGUUACAGUUUAGUUUUUUUACACCCUACAGUUUUCUUUUAGGUUUUUUUUACCUUUCUGUUCCCCCUUAAAUGAUUCUCCUUGAAUAUAAUCAUUUGGAUACUGCACAGAUUAGUCAUCUUUAAUAAUUACACCUUUAAUGACACCUGUUUGUGAAUUGUAGCCUCUGAGGACAAAGCUUUGCUUGGUUGUAAUGUAUUGUAUCCAGUGUUGAGCCAUCUAGGGGAAGAAGUUGUCUUGACAACUGCGCUUGGACGCAGUUGUCAGGACAACCUGUCCUGUGUUGACAUAUGUUCUGAAUCAGGAAUCAUUUCUACAUUUAUUGAAUCAGGGAGUUGGCGCGGGUCAUAAAAUUAUGACUUACUUUACUGACAUGAACUUUGAUAUGCUACUUGCUAAUCGUAUGGAGUAUUAGAGGAAUGGACAUUCUCAUUUUAGACAGAAUUUUAUAGGACAAAACUCUGUAGUACAGAAUGAGUAAAUAUUUUUGGUCUGUUUUCCCUGAAGACAAAGACUACAUUUGUAAUGUAUGUAUUUAAUUUGAUGGUAUAUGCAUAUUUUAGUGUAUAAUGCUAUAAGUGAACUCAAUGUUUAGGAGUGCACUUGUAUAUGUCCUCGAAGCUACCACACAUGGACUGAAAGCCAAAAAUCUCUCAUUUUGAUUUCAUUGAGGCCGUAAGUGAUAGUUGUGGCUCCAAACAGAUUUGCAAAUAAUUCUCUUUUCCAAAAAGGUUUAGUAAAACACUCCCUGACUCUUAAAUUGUCUCUCAAAAAGUGUGAUAUACUUUUAUGCAUUUUUUUCAGUAAAAUUACUGUACAACUAUGAACUCUGACAUACACAAAGUGCCCAUACCAUACACAACACAGCAGAAUA